AUGUUUAAAUUCAAAAAUAAACUCAAGUUUGGGUCUUCAAAUGAUAAACAACAACAACAACAACAACAACAACACUCACUGAACCGUCAUCAUCAUGAUACAGGCUCAGGUGAGUCUACACCAUCACCUUCUGCACAGCAACGUUCCAAUGAGGGAUCACUGACACCUAAGAGAACUCCAUCGGAUUCAAGAAAGACUAUUUCUGUCAAUCAGGUGGGGAAUGAUAUUUCUAAGUUAUCCAUCAAUGAUGAUUCGCCAGAUAGACAAUCUACUUUGCAUAGCAGUGCAAGCAGUGAAAGAAAUGCUUCAUCAGGUGGUUACAAUAACAACCAUUCUUCACAACAAGCAGGUAUUUUACAACCUCCAACAACGGAGUCAAAUAUUACAUCCAAUUCUUCAAACUACAACAAUGGUUCUCCUUCAUCGUCGCACCCAACUUCAGUAGGUCAAGCUACGUCAGCUGCAUCCAACUCUAGCGAUACAACCAAUGCCGCAACCGGCCCUACUGCUUCCCCUGGCUUGCUUACUGUCAAGAUUUACGGUUCACAAAAUAUUCAAUUACCUAUCAAGAUCAACAACAACAAGCAAAUCUUACAUGCCUUGGCUAUAAAUUCUAAUAGUGAAAGUGUGGGACAACAAUUGUUGAAAAAUUUGGCAACGGUUGAAAAGGAGAGUGAAGUGGGAGACUAUAUUCUCGGUUCCAACGCCACAAAAUUGUUGCCUUCUAUUAUAACAAUCCCCAAAUCAGAAAACCUAGUUAAGUCAUUGCUUUACCUAACUAUUGAGUUUGAUAAUAACGUUUUGGUCAUUGAGCCACAAAAGGGAACUGUUAACCAAUCGACAUGGAAUCAAGUUGUUUCUUUUGAUGUUACCAACAAGUCACUAAGCAUUAAUAGUAACUCUCAGUUUCUCAAUUUGAAUCUAUUCAUGAGAUUACCAAAUGUGUUGAUUCCAGAUACAGAAAAGCAUCGUAACAAGCAAUUGUUUACCAAUUAUCAAGUUGAUAGUGCCAACAAGUCAAUGACAUCCAACUCAUCAAACACAUCAAGUUCACAAGUAAACAUUGGAGAUUUACUCAUUGGUACAAUUAAAUUACCAUUGAAUACGAAAUCACACACUCAACAAGUGAGAUUAAUGCAUCAUGAAUAUUUGAAGUUUACAAAUUACAAUGCUGUUUUACUGGAUGCUAUUCGUCAAGACAUGGGAGAAAUAAUGUUGACUAUUGAGUAUAAACCAUUGACAAAGAAACAUCUUUCAAUUGAUGAUUUUGAUUUAUUGAAAGUUAUUGGUAAAGGAUCUUUUGGGAAAGUUAUGCAAGUGGUGAAAAAGGAUACCAAGCAGAUAUACGCUUUGAAGACAUUGAGAAAACAACAUAUUGUAUCUAGACUGGAAGUUACUCACACAUUGGCUGAACGAACCGUCUUGGCAAGGAUAACCAACCCAUUUAUUGUUCCAUUAAAAUUUUCAUUCCAGUCACCAGAGAAAUUGUACCUUGUGCUUUCAUUCAUCAAUGGUGGUGAAUUAUUCUGGCACUUGCAAAGAGAAGGCAAAUUCAGUAUGGAUAGAUCAAGAUUCUACAUUGCCGAAUUGCUAACUGCAUUGGAAAGCUUACACGAGUUGAAUGUCAUUUAUCGAGAUUUGAAACCAGAAAAUAUCUUGCUUGAUUAUCAAGGUCAUAUUGCCCUUUGUGAUUUUGGAUUAUGUAAAUUAAACAUGAGUAAUGAUGAUAAGACAAAUACUUUUUGUGGUACACCUGAAUAUCUUGCACCUGAACUAUUAUUAAACCAGGGGUAUACCCGUAGUGUUGAUUGGUGGACAUUGGGUACUUUAUUAUAUGAAAUGUUGACAGGAUUACCACCAUUUUAUGAUUCGGAUGUACCUACAAUGUACAGAAAAAUCCUUCAAAAUCCCUUACGAUUCCCCCCAUUUUUGGAAAACACCGAUGCUCAAGAUUUAUUGAUCAAAUUAUUACAAAAAGAUCCACUGCAUCGAUUAAAUGAUGCCCAAGCUAUUAAAAAUCACCCCUUUUUCAAAGAUAUUGAUUGGAAUAAGUUGUUAAACAAGAGCUAUUUACCUCCAUUCAAACCAAAUGUUGAAAACUUAUUAGAUACUUCGAAUUUUGAUCAGGAUUUCACUAAUGAAAAACCUCAGGAUUCAGUUGUUGAUGAUUUCUUGACUGAAAGUGUACAGAAACAGUUUGGUGGAUGGACUUAUAAUGGAGAUAACGUGCUAUGA